AUGCCAGAAGCUAAUUUACCGAAAAAGCUGAAUGCAGCAAGUAAUGCUCUUACUACUUCUGUGUUUUCUGCUGAAGGCGGGACAACUACAAAAAUCUCGAACUUGACUGUUAGAAGUGUCUUGCGAACAGAACCGCCUUUAUACCUGAGGAAACGUAAACACAAAGCACACAAGGACCAAACAAAGGCAAGCAGUAAUGAGUCACAUUUGCUUCCAUAUUCUCCCAUUAGCCAGAAAUACAGUGGGUCCAGCAAUGACCUAUCAUGGAACUGCCGAUGUGAAAACCUGGCCUGUGAUUGUUCGAACAGGUUGUUGAAUUCAGUACCCCAAAAUCUACCAGUCAGUAUAACUAAACUCUUGCUCGACAGGAACUACUUGGAAUCUCUUAACAACAACACAUUUUCUCGUUACAGAGACCUUACAGUCUUGGAUGUGUCAAUUAAUUAUAUUAGUUCUUUACAGCAAGGGACAUUUCUUGGACUCGAUCGGUUAACCUGGUUAGAUUUGAGCCAAAACAGUAUUGGCAGUCAAGGAUUACUAUCCCAAAGUGUUUUUAAGCCACUGAGGUCACUGAAGUAUUUGCGAAUGGACGUUAACAAUUUUAAGUGUACCAAGAAUUCUUCGUUUCUUGGUGCCCUGCUCUCCAGUCUUAGCAACUUGCAAGAACUUCACAUCGACUACUUCGGAGAGCAGUAUUACGACCGGGGAUUUAAUAAUUUGACUUCUUUGCAAAUUUUGAGAGUGUAUUGUGGCAAGCACUGUCCUUUUAUCGGCAUAAAAAACGCAACAUUUGAAAAUUUAGGCCAGUUGAAAAAUUUGAGCAUCAGCGAUUGUUGCCUGAACGGUACAGAAAUUGAAUAUGACUCUUUAUCCCAUUUUACAAAGCUACAAACGUUGGAUAUUUCCAGAAACCCGAGCAUCGGCUUGGAGCACUUGCCCCGUGUAAUGUAUGGACUACGACAUUCCAGCCUACAAACUUUGGUAAUGGACAACAUUGUGGAUAAAUAUUCAAUAAAUUUUGUGAAAACUUACAUGAUCCAACAUCUGCCACAGACACUGACCACUCUUUUUGCCAGGGGAAACAAUAUUGUUUAUGUCGAUGAGCAGGUGAUGAAGACUCUACCUGAGAAUCUGCGGAAGGUGGAUGUUAGUAACAACGACAUAAUCAUGAACCCGAUGACCCUACCUCUAGCAGACAUCCGACUUCUGGACACGCUAGUUAUAAAUAACUUCGAUGAAGAGUGCCACACAUCAGUCGAGGACAUUUUUUCAUCAAUCGGAAUCGUUUACAAUUCCAAAGGCAGGCAGUGGACAAGAAAAGCGGAAUUCAUUUAUCAGAAAAUCAUGACCUCCCUCAGGACACUUAUCCUUCAGUCAAACUAUAUAGAUUUUUCCUUAGAUCCGAUUGGGCUUAAUUUCAUUGGCCUGCCAAACCUCACAGAUCUCGAUCUGUCUUUAAAUCAAAUGAAGGUCCUAACAAAAGAUUUAUUCUAUGGUAUCGAGAACCUGGAGUAUCUAAGACUCAAUGGCAAUCUCUUCUCUGAUUUUGUAGCAGACAUUUCUCAUCUACCGAAGCUGAAACUACUUAAUCUCAGCAACACGGAGCUGCCCUGUCUCUCCGAACUGGUCCGCACACACAUAGACCAGCUAGCGGCAGCCAGACCUGGUCAGAUCCAAGUGGACAUGUCAGGCUGUCCAAUUCAAUGCGACUGUUUCAAUCAGGACUUUCUGAAAUGGAUGACAAACUCUCCGGCUUUCGACAAGAAUUUUACUGGUUACAAAUGUAGAUAUUUGGACACGUCUAUUAAACAUAUUGGAGAUGGAUACAAAGACGCGCUGCAGCUUCUGACCAGACAAUGCGCCCAGAACUACCCCCUGUACUUGGUGACGGUGGCCGGAACUCUGGUCAUCUCAUGUCUCGUCAUAGGCAUGGUUCUUUACAGAUUCCGCUGGAAAAUCCGGUACUUCUAUUAUGCUGCCUACCUCAAAGUGAUGGACAAUGAGAGAGAAGAACCCAAUGAUCAGUUUCUUUACGAUGUUUUUAUAUCUUACGAUUCUGAAGAUAACGCGUUUGUUCAACGACGUCUUCUACCAGAACUAGAACAACGUGGUCUGGUUCUGCUCGUUCACGGGCGGGAUUUUGUGGCGGGAACCUCCAUUCCCGCCAACAUUUUCAGGGCUGUGGCUGAGAGCAGGAGGACUCUGGCGGUACUGACACGUAGCUUCGUGGAGAGUUAUUGGUGCAACUUUGAGUUACAGAUGGCGACCAAUGAGGCGGUCCAUACAGGACGUGAGGUGCUGGUGUUUGUCAUCAAAGAGAACAUCCCCAACAGGGAACUGGACGUGGAACUGCUUGGUUACAUCAAAAACAACACCUACCUGCCUUAUCCCAGCCCAGAGGAUGAAGGAGAUCAGGAGCUCAUGAAGAGAUUCUAUGACAAACUGGCACAUGACCUCAGGUCUUAA